AGACGAAGAAGAAAAGUCGACAAAAAAGAAAGAAGAAGAAGAAAAAGAAAGAAAAACCAUUUUGAUUUUGUAAACAUUGGGUAAGAGGUCGCCUAGAGAGGUUGUGUACGUACGUAAGUACAUACAUGGAUUUGUGUGGAGUUAAGACGCUGCGCCUCUCGUCGCCUAGAUUCAAAACCCUUCAUUUGGUGAGGCAUGCACAAGGAGUCCACAAUGUAGCAAUAGAGAAGGGAGAACUAACUCCUUUAGCAGGCGAGUUGUUCGACGCUCGUCUCUCUGUGAAGGGUAUCCAACAGGUUUCUGAAAGGCGGGAGAAAAUCAUAAAAUCAGGAUUACUGAACACAAUCGAUUUAGUGAUUACCUCUCCGCUGCGAAGGGCGAUGGAAACUUCGGUAGGAAUAUUUAGGGGACAAGAAGAUAAGAAUCAAUCCGACAACUUUCCAAAAGCUAACAACUCCCCUCCAAUUGUAGCACUUGAGAUUUGUAGAGAACGCAUGGGAUUAUAUCCGUGUGAUAGAAGAGAAAGUAUAGAUACCCAUCGCACUUGUUUCUCAGAGAUCGACUUUACAAUGAUAGAGAGUGAUGAAGAUGCUCUAUGGCAAGAAGAGGAGAGGGAAGACAUGGAAGAUGUUUCUGCUAGAGGCCUUCACUUUCUCAAAUGGUUAUGGGAGAGGCCGGAGAAAGAUAUUGCAGUUGUUAGCCAUGGGAUAUUUUUGCAACAAACACUUCGUGCGCUGCAUGAAAAAGUUGGCACACCUCUUGAAGAUCAUCUCCUUCAAAGGUUUGCCAACUGUGAACUGCGGUCAAUUAGGAUCGAGAAGAGUGACAUGGAAGCAUACACAUUAACGACUUACAAUUGUAAAGAAUACAUUACUCCACCACCUUCAACCUCCAUUCACCCGUUUGAAUAGAAGGCAUGCAUGUGAACUGUGUGUGUGUUUAUGUUAUCAUGCCAUAUAUGCACAUAGCGCUUAAAUAUUGGAACCAGUGAAUUCGUUACAUAGCUCAUAAAAAAGCCACCACUAACCAAGCCUAUCCGCGGACAAGAAUGCGUGUGACACUCUUUUUUUUUUGAACAACAGCGUGUGAAACUCUUUCUUUUGUUAUUUCUGUUUUUUUUUUAUUAAUAAAGUUUUACUUCCUGUGAUUGUGAAUCUCUCUUUAUUCAUGCUUAAGUGUUGUUUUUCGUAUUUUAACAAACAAAGUCUGUUUAAGUUUGUGGUUAUUGUUGAUUUUAUUAUAAAAAAAUAAAUGCUAAAUAUAUGCAAUAUAAAAGAUAAAGUAAAU